AUUUGAUUUUGGACUCUGAUUGUUUAAUUUGAUGUGAAGUGUCUGAUAAUUCACAAGGUCGAAUGAUGCUCAACAUGUGAUCCUGCACGCCAUUGUAGAAUCAUUCCAACUCACGGGAUGAGCACAUACCUGAGGCCUGACUGCAUAGGUAACUGUACCGCACGUGAGAAACAUGAGUGGAUUUGACUCAAUGUGUAACUUUUCAGCAAACCCUAAUAUUAGGGUCUGACUCUACAACAGUCCAAUCAAAGGCUCCGUGACUGCGUGCGUCGAUUUGCCGUUUGCAGAGGUCCAGACGAAGUUCUUGAGUCAGUGCGAUUCCGGAGCUCACCAACAAAUUUCCCCCCACGGGGACAUUGACACUUCACAACCUCUGCUACUGGUGUUUGGCUAGCGUUACCUACAUCUAAUCAUUCUCAAAUUGCUGAAUUAACAUCAGCGGCCGACAUGUCUACACACACCGCAUCCCAGCGCUACCUGAGUACCCGCGGAGGGUCCUACGAUUUCUCCUUCGAGGAGGUCGUCCUCAAGGGUCUCGCUUCCGAUGGCGGUCUCUUCAUUCCCGAAGAGAUCCCCACUCUCCCCGAUGACUGGGCGUCCCAGUGGCAGAACCUGUCCUUCGAGGACCUCGCAUACGAGAUCUUCUCCCGCUACAUCUCUUCGUCUGAGAUCCCCGCCGCCGACCUGAAAGAUAUCAUCCACCGCAGUUAUUCCACAUUCCGCGCGAAGGACGUCACGCCGACCGUUACUCUCGACAAGGAGAAGAACAUCCACCUGCUCGAGCUGUUCCACGGCCCUACAUUUGCCUUCAAGGAUGUCGCUCUUCAAUUCCUUGGCAACUUGUUCGAAUACUUCCUCGUACGCAGGAAUCAAAACAAGUCUGGUCGCAACAGGGAGCACUUGACAGUCGUUGGCGCAACAAGCGGUGACACUGGUUCAGCUGCCAUCUACGGUCUGCGCGGAAAGAAAGACGUGUCAGUCUUCAUCAUGCACCCUGAGGGCAAGGUUAGCCCUGUCCAGGAAGCGCAGAUGACUACUGUUCUCGACGCCAACGUACACAACUUGGCUGUUGACGGCACAUUCGACGACUGCCAGGACUUCGUCAAGGCAUUGUUCGCCGAUCCUGAGAUCAACAAGACCCACCGCCUCGCCGCCGUGAACUCCAUCAACUGGGCGCGUAUCCUUGCCCAGAUCACAUACUAUUUCCACGCCUACUUCAACCUGAUCAAGUCCGAGUCCUUCCUUCCAGCCUCGACCGUCCGUUUCGUCGUGCCCACAGGCAACUUCGGCGACAUCCUCGCCGGAUACUUCGCAAAGCGCAUGGGUCUGCCCGCCGAGAAGCUUGUCAUUGCGACAAACGAGAACGAUAUCCUCCACCGCUUCUGGGAGUCUGGAAAAUACGAAAAGAAGAAGGUACACGGCAGACAGGCUGAGGGCGGGCUAGUUGAGGAUGGCGUCAAGGCGCACGAAGAUGGCGUGAAGGAGACCCUCAGUCCAGCAAUGGAUAUCCUUGUUUCGUCUAACUUCGAGCGUCUGCUUUGGUUCCUCGCCUACGACGUCUACAGCACAUCGUCAGAUGCAGUCUCGCAGCGACGCAGCCAGGCUGGUGGUUUCGCUGUCGACUCGCAGGUCCUCCAGAAGGCACAGUCUGAUUUCGCGUCAUACCGUGUCAGCGAUGAUGAGACGAUCGACACCAUCAAGUACAUCUUCAACGCAGCCCCGUCGAAGAGCUACAUCCUUGAUCCCCACUCCGCCAUCGGUGUCGCCGCGGCCCUCCGAUCCGCAGAGGUGUCUAAGCCUCCUUCCACACACCACAUUGCGCUUGCAACAGCGCACCCUGCCAAGUUUGCCAACGCCGUCGAAUUGGCCUUGCCAGAGCAGAAAGAGUACUUCCAGAAGACGGUCUUGCCUGUCGAGUUCAAGGGUCUUGAGGACAAGCCCAGGAGAGUCAGCCACGCCAAGAAGUCGGAGGGCUGGCAAGGUGUGCGCAAGAUUGUCAUUGCGGAAGUAGAAGCUGAGUUACAGGCUGCUGAGCAGGGCCAGUAGAGAUAUUGACGUGAUGACGACUUGCAUAUGAUAGACGCGCUUUUGCAUUUCCCAUAGACGGACUGGGUACACCCAAAAUUAAAUCCAUUCCUAUGUUC